AUGAUUACUGAGAAAGAAUUGAAAACUAAAAUGGAUUAUGUACAUCACAUAUGUCCUACUGUAUCUCUACAUUCACCACGCGACCAAGACAAAAUGCUUAAUCAUAUAAUUAGUAUAACAAGAAAUGCAUUACAAGAGCAAUUAAUAAUUUAUGAACCAAAUGCUAUUAUUGUAUGUACCCUUAAACUUUUCUUUUAUUAUAAUGAAAUUUUAUCCCAAACCGAUAUCGUGUGUGAAUGGAAACGACGAAGAAAAUGUCGUCUUGCAAAAGAAUGUUAUAAUAGUUUAUUACAAAUAUACGUUCCUGAAAAAUCUAAUGAAAUUCUUAAAGCUGUACUUAACAUGAUUUAUGAAGAUAAGCUUUGGGAGUUUGAAACUUUUUGUUUUGAAAUUAUGUGUAAUCUAUUGGAAAAUGGUGUUAAUGCAUCAUUAAUGAUUCAUGCUAUAUGGGAUAAAAUUGAGGAUCCAAACAUAAAUGUAGAAGAUACAAGAAAGAUCAUUAGAAUAUUAUAUGAAUUAUUAGAUAUUUAUGACUGGCCAGAUACACACGAUACAGUGGUUGUUAUUGAAAGAAUUUUAAAUCUUUUUUAUAUUUCCAUAACUAGUACACAUUCAACUGUUAAUUUUAUACCAUAUGCAACACUUAAGAAAGGUUUGGAAGUCUGCAUUCUUAAUAUGGUAAAACACAUAUAUAAUGAUCAUCUUCUCAUCAUAGUUCAACACAUGUGUUCAUGGGUUGUUGAAGAAGGUAUGACAGAGGAAAUUAUCUUAGAAUUUGGUAGUACACUUGAAUAUACAGCUUAUGUGCAUGAAGUAACAUUAUAUGAAAAAACUUUAACUCCUAAGAUAUUUCCAUUAUUAAUGGAAAUGAUUGCAUCAACAAGUAAAAUAACCAACUUAUUAGGUAACCGAGUUAUUCAAUAUUUGCUUGAUAGAAAAGAGAAUAAAAUGAAUUUUGAUACACCUAAGAUAUUUUUCGAAGAUACUCAAUUUGAUUUAACAAUAGGUACAUGUUUUAAAGAAGAUAAACUAUUCUGUAAACUUCAUAGAGAAAUUUUACACGAUAGCCUCCUAAAGAGUAUCAUAAAUCAUUGUGCAUCCCGUAUGAAUUUAGAAACAACUUAUUGUACUAUUUGUCUCAUUGCUAUAGAAGUUCCAUGUGGAUUUACAGCUGCAGCUCUAGUUUGUCUUUUAAUGAAUUUACAAGAUGUAACUUUGAAACAAAAUAAAUAUCCUGUUGAAGUAUCUUACCAUUUACAUGCAACAGUGAUAGCAGUUAUGUCUCUUUUAUGUUGGAUUCAUAAAGCUAAAGUAUUCUAUGAAUAUGUGAAUAAAAUAGUGACAGAAAGAGCACAAUGGGCUCCACAUUUAAAUCCUCCUAUUCAGUCUCAAUACAAUUUUGCAGCACACCAUAUACUUUGGAACAAACCAGAUUUAUUUUUUGUAGAUUGGGAAGCUCGUUAUGGUUUAUGGAAAUGUUUCCGUUUACGCGAAGAAGACACACAGGAAAUUUAA